AUGUUGUCGGUCUGUGACCUCAAAGUGUGUUUCUCUUCCAUCGAGUUCUCCCUCUUCUUCCAACAGAGUUGUUGUCCUCUUUGUCCCAAUUGUGGACAACUCUUAGAUAACAACCCCUUCAGCGAAGUGAAAUUCUCGUCACUCGUAGUACUUCUUGGCGUCGGAUCUCUUAUAUGCUAUAAAUUGAUAACCAAUAAGAAGAAGAAAAGAGAGAAAAGACUUCCGUUUGGUUUCGCGAAAGCAAUAACUCGUGAGGACUCGCAAGAGAUGAGCUCAUGUGACAAAUCCAAUGCAAGCCUCAAAUACAAAGUCUUCACUUCGACUCCAUAUGUCAAGUGGUGUCCAACCGUUGACUACACGCCU